GCCGUCUCCAUAGCAACGGCCGCGCCGCCGCCAUCUUGUUUACCGUCACCACGGCAACGCCCGCCAUCUUGAUCGGCGUCCCCACAGCACUGGGCCGGGCUGAGCCGUGCCGGGGCCAUGGCGAGCGCAGGGCGGCUGCACGACCUGAACCUCAGCGCCGAGGAGGCGGAGCGGCUCCGGCGCGCCUUCCGCGACGAGCAGUUCCGCGCUCUCUUCGCGGAGUUCGCGGCCGAGCUCACCGACCCCGAGCAGCGGCGGCUGUACGAGGAGGAGGUGGCGGCGCUGGAGCGGGAGCGCGGGGUGGAGGUGCGCUUCGUGCACCCGACGCCGGGCUUCGUGCUGCGGACGAGCCAGGAGGGCUCCCGCCGCUGCUACAUCAAUGUCUGCAGCAACCCGCUGAUGGGGGAGCCGCGGGCCCGCGCCGAGCGCGGCGGGCAGCGCUGGGAGCUGCCCUAUAGCCUGGCCCCGGGCCGCGAGGAGCUGCGCCCCGCCGGCCGCCGCCGCCUCCUGUACGACGUGGUGUUCCACCCCGCGGCGCUGCGCCUGGCCGCCCGCAGCGCCCGCUUCCGCCGCCUGCUCCGCGACACGGCGCUGGAGGCCGUGGAGAGCCAGUGCGGGGUGCGGCUGGACCGCAACAACGCCGCCAUUCUGCGAGGGGUCUCCUACAAGGGCAUCCCGCAGGCGCCCGUCAUCCGCUCCCCGCUGCCCGGCGGCGCCCCGAAGCCGCCCGACGACGGCGAGUCCCCGCUGCCGCCCUUCCCCUUCCCGCCCGCCGCUCCCCCGCCGCCCGCCGCCCGAGCCUCCUCUCCCGCCGCGACCCCGCCGCCCUCCGGCCCCACCACGCCGCGCUGGAGCAUCCGGCACCGCUCCUACGUGGACCUGCAGGACUACCGGCACUGCCGCGACUCGGCGCCCAGCCCGGUGCCGCGGGAGCUGGUGGUGACGGUGGAGCUGCCGCUGCUGCGCUCCGCCGAGCAGGCGGAGCUGGAGAUCCGCGGGCGGGAGCUGCGCCUGGACUCGCGCUGUCCCGCCUACCGCCUGCGCCUCCGCCUCCCCUACGACGUGGACGAGAGCGGCGGCCGGGCCGCCUUCAACCGGGCCCAGCGGCAGCUGCAGGUCACGCUGCCCGUGGUGCUGCCGCCCGGCCCAAGGGAACCGCCGGGCCCGGCCGGGGAGCGGCUGGAGGGGGCCGAGGGGUCGGCAGAGGGAGAGGCAGGGGCAGGGCCGGCAGGGGCAGGGCCGGCAGAGGCAGAGGCGGGCGGCGGAACGGCUCCUCCCCCGGAACUCGGGCCUGGCGGCGCGGCCCGCGGCACGUGUGGCGGCGGGGAGCCCGGUGAUCCGCUCACCGAGCCCCCGGCUGACCCUGACCCACGUUGUGAUCCUCCCGCUGGUCCGUCUGCCGAGGCCCUCGCUGAACCGCCCCUAGAACCACUCUGUGAUUCCCUCACUGAACCCUCGGGUGAACCUCCCGUUGAUCCAACCUCUGAACCCUUUGCUGACUCCCCUCCUGACUCCCCUGCUGAACCCGCCACUGAUCCAACCUCUGCACCCCCUGCUGAACCAGCUACUGAUCCAACCUCUGAAUCUGGCAGUGAUCCAACCUCUGAACCCACCGCUGAACCAGCUAUUGAUCCAACCUCUGAAUCUGCCAGGGAUCCAACCUCUGAACCCACCGCUGAACCAGCUACUGAUCCAACCUCUGAACCUGCUACUGAAUCAGCUACUGAUCCAACCUCUGAACCUGCCCCUGCUGACUCCCCUGCUGAACCCCCAGCUGAACCUCCCCCGCCGGCCCUGCCCCGCCCCGGUGCCGCUUCCCCCACGGCCAUCCCCGCUCCAGCCAUGCCCACCGGGGACACCGCUCCGCCGGCCCCCGAGGGCCCCCCCAUUGCCACGGCCACAUGCCCUCCGUUCCGUGCCCGGCAGGACGAGGCGUCCCUCACGCUGCUGCUGCCGGUGCCCGGCAUUGAGCCGCAGAGCCUCCGCGGGCAUGUGGGCACGCACCACUACAGCCUCCGCUUCCGCACCGAGCGCGCUGCCUUCGCCCUGUUCCUGCGCUUCCCUCGCUCCGCAGCGCUGCUGAGCCCCGAGAGCAGCGUCAGCGUCUCUGCCCACAACGCCGUGGUGGGGCUGGCCAAGGCCCCCGGCAGCACCGGGCUCUGGGACGGCUUCAGCUUCGGCCCCGAGCCCUCCGCCCUGCAGGAGAGAUUGUUUGUCAGUGAGGAGAACGUUGAUGGAUUUCUAGGCACUGCUUUCUGCCCUUCCCCUUGCUCCCAAUCAGCCCCGGAAAGGCAGCCAUUAAUUGAAGUGCUGGAUGUUACUGAGGACAGAAUUCAAAUCAGGGUGGAGCCACAGGAACGUGAUGGACAAGGAACUCUUGGCAGCUCAGAGGGAGCCCUGGCCGGACAGACCGACAGCAACUCCCCCGAAACAAAGGCAGAAACAAAGUGUCCUGCAGCCGAGGGAGGUGCUGCGGGCCCCGGAGCGGGAACAAUGGGAACGGCAGCCGGCUGUGCUUCACCCCAUUGUUCGCAGCCUCAACCUCCUGCCUCCAGCUCAGCCCUUCCCGGCGGAUCUGCGGGAACCCAGCCCGAUUUAGAAAGUGCUGCUGCAGCAGGAGGCACGGCCACAGCCCCGGGAACAACAGCAGGAGAGCUGCAGGGGGGUGGGGAUGGGGAUGGGGAUGGGACAGGGUGCCCCAUCCUGAGGGAGGUGAACCCCGAGAACGGCAGCGAGCGCAUCCUGCGCGAUCACCGCACACACUGCCCCGUGCAGUUCCACAGCUCCCUGCUCUAUGAGCUGGAUUGAUUUAUUUGUUUUGUCAUUUAAUUCUCUUGUUUGAUGCUUGUUCUGACUCCCACGGGGAUGGAGA